CUACGUUUAUAGGGAUGUCAAAUUGACGCAAAAGCGCAUUUAAAUGUCUCACACUCUACUUUAUAACCCCUUCCGCCAUUACUGCGUUUUCCCACUCGUUCAGUUUCGGCAUACCCUUUCGUCCGCCGUGCACCGUCAAUUUAUCGGCAGCACUAACUUUUGUAGGAACAAUACUAAUCGGAUCUCAGCAUUUACUUCCAUGUCUCAACGCCCUAACUUCCACGGCGGCCGUCGAGGCGGUGGAGGACGCGGAGGCGGCCGUGGCGGUGGAGGAAGAGGCGGAGGUCGUGGUGGCGGAGGUGAGCAGCGAUGGUGGGAUCCUGUUUGGAGAGCUGAGCGUCUGCGUCAGCAAGCCGCUGAGAAAGACGUAUUGGAUCAGAAUGAAUGGUGGGGAAAAUUGGAACAAAUGAAGAGAGGAGGAGAGCAGGAGAUGGUAAUAAGGCGACACUUCAGUAGAGAUGAUCAGCAAGUCUUUGGUGAUAUGGCUAAUCAGUUGGGUCUUUACUUCCAUGCAUAUAAUAAAGGGAAGGCACUCGUUGUGAGCAAAGUUCCAUUGCCUAAUUAUCGUGCAGAUCUUGACGAACAGCAUGGCUCCACUACGAAAGAGAUAAAGAUGUCCACGGAAACCGAGGAAAGAGUUGGAAAUUUAUUGAACAGUUCCAAUGGAACUAAAUUAGUCGAGAGCAAGCCUUCUACAUCCUCUCAGAACGCAACAUUAAAACGAAAACCAGUUGAGGUCGGCACAUCACAGUUGGAGAUUGAUGCUGCCUCCGAGGGACUUAGUAUUGAACUGAAACAGAAACAGGAAAAAAUGAGGGAAGGGGAUAGUGUAAAGGCAAUGCUAGCAUUUAGAGAGAAGCUGCCGGCGUUCAAAGUAAAAGCAGACUUUUUGAAAGCUGUUGCAGAAAAUCAGGUUCUGGUAGUAUCAGGAGAGACUGGUUGUGGCAAAACCACACAGCUUCCGCAAUUCAUCCUAGAAGAGGAGAUAUCAUCUCUGCGAGGUGCUAGUUGUAGUAUGAUAUGCACGCAGCCUCGAAGAAUAUCGGCAAUAUCCGUUGCAGCUCGAAUAUCGUCUGAAAGAGGAGAGAAGAUUGGUGAAACUGUAGGUUAUCAGAUUCGUCUGGAAUCAAAACGGUCUGCUCAAACAAGAUUGCUAUUUUGCACCACAGGGGUUUUACUUCGGCAGCUGGUGCAGGACCCAUAUUUAACAGGAAUUACUCACUUGCUGGUGGAUGAAAUUCAUGAAAGAGGCAUGAAUGAGGACUUCCUAUUGAUAAUAUUGCGAGACGUCCUUCCUCGCCGUCCCGACCUUCGUCUUAUCCUUAUGAGUGCCACCAUAAAUGCUGAUCUAUUCUCGAAAUACUUCGCAAAUGCUCCAACCAUUCAUAUCCCUGGAUUGACAUUUCCAGUGAAAGAAUUUUAUUUGGAAGAUGUCUUAGAGAAAACUCGGUAUGCUAUCCAAUCAGAGUAUGAAAGUUUUCCAGGAAACUCAAGAAGAGGUCGGCGACAACAGGAUACCCAAAAAGAUCCUCUGACAGAAUUAUUUGAGGAUGCAGACAUUGAUGCUCUCUACAAAGGAUAUAGUACAGGCACUAGGCGAUCUCUUGAGGCUUGGUCUGGUUCUCAGUUGGAUUUGGGCCUUGUUGAAUCAACUAUCGAGCAUAUAUGUCGCAAUGAAGGUAGUGGAGCAAUUCUUGUUUUCCUCACUGGAUGGGAUGAUAUUUCAAAGCUCCUUGAUAAACUUAAAGCAAAUGUCAUUCUUGGAGACCCAAAUAAGGUCUUACUUCUUCCCGUUCAUGGUUCAAUGCCAACAAUCAAUCAGCGCGAAAUUUUUGAUCGGCCACCCCCAAAUGUUAGAAAGAUUGUGUUAGCUACAAACAUUGCCGAGAGUAGUAUCACCAUAGAUGAUGUUGUGUACGUUGUAGACUGUGGAAAGGCAAAGGAGACUAGUUACGAUGCUCUUAAUAAGUUGGCUUGUCUUUUACCUUCAUGGAUUUCCAAGGCAUCUGCACACCAGAGACGUGGUCGUGCAGGUCGUGUACAACCAGGGGUUUGCUACAGGCUUUAUCCUAAAAUGAUCCACGAUGCUAUGCCUCAGUAUCAACUGCCUGAAAUGCUUCGAACACCUCUGCAAGAGCUAUGCCUGCAUAUAAAGAGUUUGGAUCUUGGAGCAAUUAGUACAUUUUUGGCUAAGGCACUUCAACCACCCGAUGCUCUCUCUGUAGAAAAUGCCAUUGAGCUACUCAAAACUAUCGGUGCCCUUGAUGAUAGAGAAGAGCUGACUCCUCUUGGGCGUCAUCUCUGCACUUUACCUUUGGACCCGAAUAUUGGAAAGAUGCUUCUCAUGGGUUCUAUUUUCCAAUGCCUUGACCCUGCACUAACCAUAGCUGCUUCUCUUGCACAUCGCAACCCAUUUGUUCUUCCAAUUAACAGGAAAGAGGAAGCAGAUGAUGCAAAAAGAUCCUUUGCCGGUGAUUCAUGCAGUGACCACGUUGCUCUUGUUAAAGCAUUUGAAGGAUGGAAAGAUGCUAAACUCAAUAGAAAUGAGAAAGCCUUCUGCUGGGAAAAUUUUCUGUCACCAGUAACUAUGCAAAUGAUUGGAGAUAUGAGAAAUCAGUUUGUUGAUUUACUGGCAGGGAUUGGUUUUGUCGAUAAAUCCCGUGGUGCCAAAGCAUAUAAUGAGUACGGUGAUGAUUUGGAGAUGGUGUGUGCAAUACUGUGUGCCGGACUGUACCCAAACGUUGCGCAGUGCAAAAGAAGGGGAAAACGAACAGCUCUAUACACUAGAGAAGUCGGAAAAGUCGACAUUCAUCCAGGAUCUGUCAAUGCUGGUGUUCAUCUUUUCCCACUUCCUUACAUGGUAUACAGCGAAAAGGUCAAAACCAGUAGCAUAUAUAUAAGAGACUCGACUAGUAUAUCGGAUUACGCUCUGCUCAUGUUUGGUGGGAAUCUUAUUCCAAGCAAAACUGGAGAUGGUAUCGAAAUGCUUGGCGGAUACCUUCAUUUUUCUGCAUCGAAGACCGUUUUGGACUUGAUACGGAAGUUGCGAGGGGAGCUGGACAAGCUUCUAACAAGGAAGAUCAAGGAGCCAGGAGUAGAUGUUACGGUAGAAAGUAAGGGUGUUGUUGCAGCUUUAAUAGAGCUGUUGCAUAGUCAAAAUGUGCGCUGCAUGUGAUUUUGCAUCCUGCAUACAUACAUACAACAUCAUAUCAUGCAUUCAACUCUUAUUUUCCCGGUUCAUUUUUAUUUAUUUAUUUAAAAUUUAUUGUAAUAUUAUAUAAUAUAUAAUAUAACAAAUUAACAAUGACGAGUUUGGUCUUAUCCAUGUUUGAGAGUUUCAAAUCUUGGACACUUUGAAUAGUUUAUUAUAAUAACUUCUACAUUUGAAUA